CACCCCCAAGGUUCAUGGCCUUCAUCAACUUUCUUCCCCCUACACUUGCUAUCUUCAAAAAAGUUCAAUUUCCUUCCUUCCUUGAAGAAAAAACACUUUGUGGACACAAUUUGUUGCUGUACUUUUUAACCAUAUAUUCAUGGCUUCGAGUUGGUUUUUCAUUGUGUUCCUUGUCCUAACUGCUGCCAACGUGAGGUGCACGACCGUGGACCACAUGCCAUCGACAGAUGAGGAUGCUAGAGAUUAUUCAAAGUUAAAGACGAAGACAGAAGAAGCCACUGAUGAACUCAACAGCAGAACUCAGCAAGCCAAGGAUGCCUUGAAAAGCAAGGCGGAUCAUGCUGCAAAUGAGGUAAAGAGCAACACACAACAAGCAAAGGAUAGGGCAUCAGAGGUAGGGAAAGAAGCCAAGGAGUCCACAGAUUCAUGGACUGAAUGGGCUAAAGAGAAGAUAUCUGAAGGGCUUGGAUUCAAGCAAGACGAUGAUCCUAAGGGUUCUGUCAGGAAAGCCUCUGAUUCAGUAGCUGACACUGCUACCAAGACCAAGGACAAGUUACAAGACAUGGCCUCAGGAGCUGGUGAAUACAGUGCAGGGAAGGCAAAGGACAUGAAAGAUACAGCCUACAAGAAGACCGAUAAUGUGACGAACGCGGCAAAGGGAAAGAGCAGUGAGAUGAGACAAGCAACCACAGAGAAGGCCAGGGAAUUAGCAGAUUCUGCAAAAGAGAAUGCGAACACAGCAUAUAUUGCAGCGAAGGAAAAGGUGAGGGACAUGGCGGAUAGGACAAGUGAGAUGACGAAUGAAGCGCAGGAAAGGGGGGCUCGGAAGGCGGAAGAAGCGAAGGAGGUAGUUGCCGAGAAAGCAGAGGGUGUGGCGGAGGAAACCAAGAAAAAGAACGAAGAGACAGGGGAGAGCCUGAAGUGGGCGAAAGAGAAAGCUAAACAAGGGUACGAUGCGGCCAAAAGCAAAGCUGAAGAGACCAUAGAAUCUGCAAAGGAUACCAUAGCUUCGGGCUACGAGUCGGCGAAGCAGAAAUCACAAGAACUGAAAGAUAACUAUGUGAACGGUGGAGGACAAGGGCGAGGACGUGAGCGAGAUGAGGAGCUGUGAGUUGCUGCAAUGCUGAGUGGUGGUGAUGAGAUUAAGAUUUGAGAGUAGAUGAGUUUUUAUAUGCUUUGUUUCGGUGGUUGUAUAAAUAUGUUUGGUUUUGAAACUUCGGUCGACAAUAAUGGAUGGUUACUUUCCAUA